UCCUAUUUCACACACACAGCUGUGGACCUCCGUAAGAAAACGGGGAGGGGACCGCUCUAAGGCACCGAUUCACAGAGUCCUGAGGCCCGGUCACUGGGCGGUGGCGACGCCAGCCUGCGGGCAUCACCACUUCUUGGGAGAGGGUGUCCGCCCCUGCACUCGCAUCCACGCUGGGCGCCCGAAGGCAUCCCCUCCCCAGGCAGCGGCGGGGCUCCCCCGCUCACCUCCCGGCAUCCACCGGCGUCCGCCCGCGCGCCCGGAAGAGCUGGAGCUCGGAGGUCCAAACAAAGCCCGCGGGUAUUGUUGUCUCGUGCGCUCCGACGGUCGCCUAGACUACCCGGCCCGGCCCCACCCACAGCGUCUGGCAAUCUAGACCAGUCUGGUACCAGGCAGAAAAUGGAAGAGCCUCCAGAAGGGGCUUCGGCGGAAUCAUGGGAAAACCAAAGUACAGCCAAGUCCCCAAAUGACAGCCACACAGACAGCCAGGAAGACAACAGGCAGAACCAGGAUGAAGUGGAAGCAGAUGACCGGACUGAUCACAGAGCAGCUGCCCAGGCUGCCCAGAUAGUGUCCGGCCUGGCUGAACCCAACGUAGUUAAUCAAGCUGACCACAAAGCAUAUGAAUCCAUGGGAGAAAGAACAUCUGAUCAGGCUGACCUCAGAGCACCCAACCGUGCUAAUGUCGCCGAUCGUAGAGCAUCUGAUCAGGUUAACCGAAGCAUGUCAGAACAGAUGGACAGCACGGCAUCUAGCCAAGCUGGGGGUGUGGAGUCUGAACAGACUGACAGCCAGAUGUCUGCUCUGCCUGAACAAGGUACUUCUGAACAGACUGAACGAAGGGCUUCUGAGCAGAUUGACCACAGAAUGUCCAGCCUGGCUGAGAGAAGAGCUUCUGAAGAGAUUGGCCGUAAACCAUCUGUCCCAUCUUUACAGAGAGCCUCUGAGCAGAGUGAUCACAGAAUGUCCAGCCUGGCUGAGAGAAGAGCUUCUGAAGAGAUUGACCGUAAACCAUCUGUCCCAUCUUUACAAAGAGCCUCUGAGCAGAGUGAUCACAGAACGUCCAGCCUGGCUGAGAGAAGAGCUUCUGAAGAGAUUGACCGUAAACCAUCUGUCCCAUCUUUACAAAGAGCCUCUGAGCAGAGUGAUCACAGAACGUCCAGCCUGGCUGAGAGAAGAGCUUCUGAAGAGAUUGACCGUGAACCAUCUGUCCCAUCUUUACAAAGAGCCUCUGAGCAGAGUGAUCACAGAAUGUCCAGCCCAGCUGACCAAAGAACUUCUCAACAGAUUGAAAGUAGAUAUUCCGGCCUGGUUGAGCGAAAAACUUCUGAACAGAUUGAUCAUAGAUUGUCUGACCAAGUUGACCACAGAACAUCUGUAAAGACGCACCGCAAAGUGUAUGACCAAGCUACUAAACCAGCUGAACACCAGGCUGCUGACCCUGACAAGGCUGGCAGUGAAUCUGACCAGGUUGAUGACUUAGUGGAAGAAGAGGAUGAUUACACAGAAGACAACAUGUUUGACUAUGUAGAACGUAGCCGGUCUGAUGAUAGAUUAUUCGACCAGCUUGGCUACAGCAAGGAAGACAAAGAGGCUGACUUCAGAGUACAACCCUGCAAAUUUGAGCCUGGCCAGACAGAUGGCAGCAUAUCCAAGGCUUCCCUUGAAACUGAACCGGAAAGUGUAGCUGAUCUGCAAGGCUUCAUCCCAUUUGAUCACAGAUCGACCAGUACUUUCCAAACAAAAGACCGAGCCUGCUCCCAAAGAUUUCCCUCCAUCUCAUCCAAAUUGGACUAUAUCAUCAGUCAAGAAAAAACUCAACCCGUGAAAACCAAGCCUGUUGAUAUUUCAGAAUACCAGGAAAGAAGGAGUUUUCAGGCAUACAAUCAACCUUCUAAGAAGCGGUUGCCUCCUAUAGUAUAUGAAGAUCCUUAUCAAAUUUCACUGCAAUACAUGGAGAAACACCACAUUCUGCAAAUAUUCCAGCAUAUCACUGAAAACCUAGUCUAUGAAAAGCCAGAGGACCCCCUGAGUUUUAUGCUGUGCCAGGUACAGGAAAUGAUACAAAACAGAAAGAAACGUGAAACCUACGAAGAAUGAAUCUCUCCUCAACAUUGUUUACAACCAUCAGUGUCAACACUAUGUUCUGUUUCCCACUCUGAAAAAUCAUUUUUGAAUAGUCAUUAGUAGUGACUCUACCUAAAUGUGUUCUUAUUUUUUAAGGAAAAAUCUACUGAGUAGCUUCGUAAAAUUCACAUAACAGUUACAGAUACCUCUGGCUCAUCAUGCAAAAACAUAGGCACAUAUACUUAUCCAUGCAUUGAUAUUUCAGUACUCAUUCCUCCAAAGCACUGAACAGAAACAUGUUCACAAAUCCCAGAGAGGAUCAAGAAAAGAAUAUUAGCAAUUUAUACACAGUUCCCAAAAGCAUACACACCCAUCAUGUCUCAAAACUGUUUAUAAAAUUUUCAUUUGGAAAAUGUGCGGAAAAUAAUUCGUAACAGCACUUUUUUCUCUCUUAAUGGAAGGUAACUGUUGUAAGAUCUCUUUGCUUGUUUCUUAAUGCCUCCAACAAAUUUUUACUAUUUUCCUCUUUGACUCUGCCUGUUAUAUUCUGACAUUAAUGGAAGUGAUUUAAUCUAUUCCGAGGGAUAGUCCUCUUCUGACUUUUAACCUAAAGCAAAACUCAAACAUGUUAUACUACUCUGUAUACACCUGUGGGAGAGGCAGAAUGUCACUUCCUUAUUACCUUUAUCCUCUGAAGAGUGUCUGCAUCGUGUGGAAUGUGUAGCCAGUUGAACUGGUAUUUAAAAGCAAAAAGCCUCAACGUGGUCUACCUGGUAUGAGAGUAUCUGCCCAGCAAUCAUAACUGAGAUGAUCAUCUGAUACUACUUUUGUGAGCUGAACCUUUCAUUUAAUUUCUAUUUGAACAUUAUAGCAGACUUGAUUCUUCAUAUUGUUUCCCUGGCGAUUUGGUAUAAUUAUGUGGUGUAU